CCAGCUAAGACAUAUCCCAUGUAACAGCUGAUAAGCAAAAUCAGUGGAAGGAUUCCACGAAAAUAUAAAACACAUAGAGCAUGGUAUGAAGCUGCAAGAUACCUCCAAGACUGCAGAAUGCAAAACUGAUGAUUCAAAGGUGGAAAAGAAGAUUGUACACCAUUUGUUGUACCCAGACUCAGCUUUGUUCAAACGCUGGGGUGCAGAUUUAAGUGAAGAGGAGCAAACUGCUGCACAGAAUCUGUUCUUAAAUUAUGGGUAUAAUGUUUAUCUCAGUGAUCAUCUGCCUCUGGAUCGACCAAUCAAAGACACCAGAUCUCCCAGCUGCAAAAUGAAAACAUAUCCAAAAGACCUUCCAACACUCAGUGUUGUACUUAUAUUUAUGAAUGAAGCACUGUCAAUCAUCUUACGUGCAAUAACUAGUAUAAUAAACCGAACACCUGCUCAUUUACUGAAAGAAAUCAUCCUGGUUGAUGAUUACAGUUCAAAUGAUGAUCUGAAAGGACCUUUGGAAACACACAUGAAAAAUUUUAAUGCAAAGCAUCCUGCACUGCUGAAGAUCGUCAGACAUCAGAAAAGACAAGGCUUAACACAAGCCCGGAUUUCUGGCUGGGAGGCAUCAACUGCAGAUGUUGUUGCAAUUUUGGAUGCCCAUAUUGAAGUGAACACAGCAUGGGCUGAACCUAUUUUGUCUCGAAUAAAAGAGGACCGCACAGUUAUAAUAUCGCCAGUAUUUGACAACAUUCGUUUUGAUGACUUUGAACUUCUUCAGUAUUCAGUGGCUGCAGAUGGAUUUGACUGGGCGCUCUGGUGCCUCUAUGAACCUUUACCAGCUGAAUGGUAUGCUCUUAAAGAUGAAACAGCUCCUGUCAAGAGCCCAUCUAUAAUGGGGAUUCUUGCUGCAGAUAGGAAAUUUCUGGGUGAGAUUGGUGUAUUGGAUGGUGGAAUGCACAUAUAUGGAGGAGAAAAUGUGGAACUUGGCCUAAGAGCCUGGCAGUGUGGUGGUAAAGUAGAAGUGCUGCCCUGUUCAAGAAUUGCUCAUUUGGAAAGAGCUCACAAGCCUUACUUACUGGACUUGAGCAUUGCGGUAAAACGCAAUGCCUUGCGGGUAGCUGAAGUGUGGAUGGAUGAGUACAAGUACAUGGUCUACUUUGCAUGGAACCUUCCCAUUGAGAAUCCUGGAGUAGACUUUGGAGAUGUUUCUUCCAGAAAAGAGCUAAGAAAAAAACUGAACUGUAAGGGCUUUGACUGGUACAUAAAAAACAUUUAUCCUAAUUUAAUAUAUCUUCCCAACAUUGUUGGCUAUGGAACAAUGAAAAACACACUGAAAGAAGACAUCUGUAUUGAUCAAGGCCCUGUCCCUGGAAACACACCAAUUAUGUAUCCCUGUCAUGCAUACUCACCACAGCACAUCUUUUAUCAUAGCACUGGAGAAAUGUAUGUAGGAGGAUUACGUGCCCGACAUAAUACAGUUGAUAGAUGCCUAACAGACCCUGGGAAUGGGGACCUGCCAGUUUUAGAGCAAUGUGAUACAGCUCUGAAUAAAGGCCUGAACUUGUACUGGGAUUUUAAGCAGGGGUCAGCUGUAAUCAACAGGAGAACUAAAAGAUGCCUCGAAAUCACAUCAGACAAUGCAGCUUCAUACAGACUUGUAGUGCAGAACUGCACAGGACAAAGGUGGAAUAUCCAACACACCGUUAAGGACUGGGGAAAGACAAAGGACCUGGAACAGAAGACACAGCACUGAAACCAUUGACUAGAUGUUUUUGCUUGAAAAUUGCUACGUACACACUGUGGCACUGAAAGCAAUGAUUUCAAGAAUUUGUUUACACAGGACUUUAAAAUGCAGUAGUUACUAAAGGAGCUAUGAGCUCAUGCAAAGGUAGACGUUCAUUUCAUCACAUUCUUGGGGCAUCACCCCCCUGAGUUUCCUCAGUUAGGAGAAAGAUUAUCUUUACUCCUUUUUGUUAAAUCUAAGAGUAUUGCAACCCACUGGAGUUCCUUACGUUGCACAUUGGAAGUGCCUGUCUUUGCUCAUUAAUGAAAGACCAGUGCAAGGUCUCUCACAUUGGCAUGUUGGUUAGACACGAAAAUUCAGAAGAAACAAAACUGGAUCUGACUUGCUCUUGUAUACAGAUCUUAUCUCAAGCUUAACUGGACCAUUUUUCUGGUCUUGUGUCGUACAGAAAAAUCAAAAUUUCUUGUCAAGACGUGCUAAUGCUAGUGGAUGAAAUUAAGUACAACAACAUCCUUGUCCUUCUGUUCCUGUAAUUUGCCUAGACAAUUCAGUUUCUCUGUGAAGUUUAUUAGACUGAGCAGUGUGAAACACUAAGGCUUUUUUAUGUUUACCUGUAUGACAUUGACUUGUGCUAGCCAGCUAAAGGCAUGGCUGAAGUCCCCUUGCAAACAAGAGGAUUCAGCUCAGUGUUUUCUACAAACUAACACAAGGCUGAUGUAACAGCAUAUGUCUAUGGAAGAAACUGAGUAAAAUGUGGCAUGAGUUGCUAAUGGAAGGCAACUUGCAGUUAGACAUGAUAUGAGCUCUUGUAGAAGUAGGGUUAGGCAGAACUGGCUGUCCUACUUCUUCAAGUAGCCACUGAUAUGACCUAUGCUUAUUUGUUAAAGGGAACUCCUGUAAAAUAAACUCUUGUAAACUGUACAGAGAUAGAGCUUCAAGUGAAUGUGUUACCAAAAGCGUGCCAAGCAUUUUAUCUGAAUAGCAAGUGUAUUCAAGGUUUGUUUGAGUAUUUGUUUGAAUGUCACCCAAUAUGAUUUGUUGGGGUUUUCUUUCCUUUUAUUUUUCUUUCUUUUUCUUUCUUUUUCUUUCUUUUUCUUUCUUUUUCUUUCUUUUUCUUUCUUUUUCUUUCUUUUUCUUUCUUU